GGACCAGGGGUAAGGCUUAGGGCUUAAAUCUCUAUUGUAGACUGGGACUAAUAAACCAGAGCCCCCCUGUCUAGUAUGCUACGAUGUCUAUGGUGGAAGCUAAGCUCACGGUGGUAGUCUUGUUCUGUGCGUGGUUUGUUAUUCCGAACAGGACGCGAAAGAGAAAUAUUUAUGAGAGAGAAAGAUGUCAUUAAUGUGAAUAAAUUGUCGCCAAAUACCGGACCGUAAUAGACUUUAUUAUUGUUUCUAUCUCAGUGAGCAUACGUUGCGUUAAGAUGUUAGGAAAAGGAAACUUGAUUAGAAGACGUUUUGCAAACGUCAAAAAACGUUUGUUACAAACUACAUGGGUAAAGAUGUUACCGCUGUAACACUGCAUUCCGAUGAGAUUGGUGAAUCGGUAGCGUUGGAGAUAGAUUAUAAUCACAUUCAGCAGAACGUAGCGAGUGGCGAUAAAGCCCUUUGCCUUCGCUUGAGCGGUUACCUUUGAAUCCCAUUGAUUUGCCGUACAUUGAAUUUCGCAAGCAAAUUCUAUAACUAGAUCGUUGCCUUGGUCCGAGGGGGAAAUCGCUGAGGACAUUGUGGUGUACAGAUUUGCGGCAUUUUUGGGCAUUAGGUCUUGCUGGGAUUUUAUAGAGAUAAAAUAAGAUACAAGUUUCUUUCCUUUUACAUGAAAACCUAAGGUGCGUUCGGGAAGCGCGCUUUCGGCGCUAAAAACAUCUUCUAUCUUUGUUCGACAUACAGUGAGUGACGAAGAUAGACUGACGUUUUCAGCGCUAAUAGCGUCUCCCCGAACGCAGCCUUAGAUAAAUCUCACUUGUGACGUCACAACUCAGUCGAAUGCAUGUUCCUUUUGAUUCUUGAGAGGUGAGAUUCAACCAGAUUUAACUGAGUUUUUGCACACGAUCCAGACCGUGUGCUUUAGUGAGUUCAAUAGACUCACAUUAAUGACGUCGUAUCUGAGUAUAAAAUGCUCGCAUAACUGAGUGACUCGGUAUCACUUGAGUGUAAAAGGAAAGCAGCUAAAGCACUGAGCAUUAGUGGGCAUUGGUGUAAACAUUUUGGUCAGCGAUUUCCCCCUCGCCUUGGCCUAACGUUACAUUUGUCGUAAGACAAAUUUUUCAGCGCGUCGAUUGACUGCUGAAUAGAAAGUUUCUAGAUGCUCGAGAAUUUUGCUAUCCUGCAGCCAAUCAACGCGCGUAAAACAUUUGUCAUACGACAAAUGUAAUAUGAGCCUUGGAUGAUACCGCCAUAGCGCUUUGCGGUGAAAUUGGUGAAUCGGAAGCGUUGGAAGUGAAUUAUAAUCGUUCAGCAAAACGUAGCGAGUGGCGAUAAAGCCUUUGCUCGAGCGAUUACCUUUGAAUUUCAUUGAUUUGCCAUAUAUUUAAUUUCGAAAGCAAUUUCUGUAACUACAUCGUUAUCUUUUAGAUGAUACCACUAUAACACUACUUUCUGAUGAAAUUGGUGAAUCGGAAGCAUUGGAGAUAAAUUGUAUUCACAUUGAGCGUAACGUAGCGAGUGGCGAUAAAGGUUUGCCUUUGAGCGUUUACCUUUGAAUAUCAUUGAUUCGCCAACAUGGAUCAGGACGACGUGGAGUACUCGCUCGGCGAGCAGAAUGGGGUCGGUUUCCAAGAUUUUUACGAAUCGCAGAGUAAGAGGAUGAAAUUGAAUAGCGGAGAGGCGAUCGGCGCUGGCCUACCUCCGGGAGAAACCUAUAUCAACGAAAGUGGAGCUGCAGACAACGCGAGUAUCGAUGGCAGCAAAAGCAACGUGUCCGAGAAGAUUCAGCAAAUGAUGAGGAAAAUGGGAUACAAGCCGGGCAAGGGUCUCGGCAAGGACGACCAGGGUCGCGUGGAGCCGGUAAAAGCGGCCACUCAACGCGGUCGAAGGGGAUUCGGUAAUUACGUGCCGGGUCUCAAGGAAGCGGGUCUCAGGUGGAAUCCCGAGGAGGAGGUGAUAGACUUUCGAGAGGACAUCAAGUGGCUGCAAAACAUACGUUCCGAUACGCCCGUGAUGGAAGACAUGACGGAGUGGAUGAAGCUGGGGCCAAAGAAAAACAUCAUACACGACGAGACCAUGUUUUGCGAUCCGGAUAUCCUGAUCCAGAUCCUCGCUUGUAAGACCGUGUUCGAUAAACUCGAUAAGGUGGAGCUGCGUAAAGCGAGAACGCGCUCGAAUCCGUACGAGACGAUACGCACUGUAAACUUUCUGAACCGGGCGGCCGUCAAGAUGGCGAAUAUAGAUAAAGCGUGCGACUUGAUGUUCACCGAGCCGAAGCACUUUGAUCCCAACGAGCUGCUGUACUUCGCGGACGUGUGCGCCGGUCCGGGCGGAUUCAGCGAGUACGUCCUGUCCAAGAAGAAGUGGCACGCCAAGGGAUUUGGAUUCACUCUGAAAAACGAGAACGACUUCACGCUGGACGAGUUUUUCGCCGGCCCCUGCGAGACCUUCCAUCCGUUUUACGGCUCCAAGGACAACGGAGACGUGUUCGACGCGCAGAAUCAAGAGGAGUUUCGAGCGCUGGUGUUGAAGCACACCAAUGGUAAAGGCGUGCACUUUAUGAUGUCGGACGGAGGCUUCUCGGUGGAGGGUCAAGAGAAUAUACAGGAGAUUUUGUCGAAGCAAUUGUAUCUGUGUCAAUGCCUGGUGGCGCUGAUGAUAGUGAGGCCAGGAGGGCACUUUGUUACGAAGCUGUUCGAUUUGUUUACGCCUUUCAGCGCCGGACUUGUCUACCUGAUGUAUAAGUGCUUCGAGAGUAUCUGCAUCUUCAAGCCCAACAGCUCGAGGCCGGCCAAUUCGGAGCGUUACUUAAUAUGCAAGAGGAAAAGGGUCAAUACGCAAGGGACGAUGGAUUAUCUCUCUCACGUCAAUCACUUGCUCUCCACGAGAGACGAGAGCAACGACGUGCUCGAGCUGGUGCCCUUCGACGUGCUGGAGGCGGACACAGAGUUCUUCGAAUACCUGAGAAACUCCAACAACGAUUUUGGAAGGAGGCAGAUAGUGAAUCUUCUGAAAAUCGCGGCGUUCUGCGACAAUCCGACACUGAUCGAGAUUAAGCAAGCGGAAAUGCGGAAGGAGUGCCUGAAGCACUGGAACUUGCACGACCAAACUAGGGUGAGGCCGCAAAUGUCAAAGCCGCAGGACAAGAUACACGAGUUACUGGGCGAGUCCGUGACGCUGCUCAGUUGCGAAGCGACGAAAUUGAAGGACGACAACGUGGAGAGCACGAUAUUGCAAUAUCAGCCGUACGACUGGUAUUGCAUGCCGUGCGGCUCGGGCCCGAACAUGGAGGACGAUAAAUUGGCGACGUUCUACCUGGGCCUGGGAAGAAAAAAGGUGUACCGAUACGUAAGAGGCAAGUGGGAGUCGGCGGGAGAAGCGAAGAUCGAGUUGCCCCCCGACACGCUCGUGUACGCUGAACUAGUGUACGAGACUAAGUGGACGGGGAAGUAUUUCUCGAAGACGCGCGCGCUGCACAUUUUGGACGCUUACAAGCUCGGUGGAGAGGACGUGAGCAAGAAGUAUUUGUCGAUUAGGUAUAAGCUCACAAAAAAGUUUUGCGACGCCCUGUGGAAGCCGGUCCCGAACGACUGCACUUGCGUUCGCGCCAAGGAAAGGUUCAUGCUAAUGCCAGACAUACACAAGAGACUGCGAGUGGCGCAGCGCCGUGUGAAGCUGGCCAUUGCGUUCGAGUUCCCGAAAAGUCCGCUGGAAUGCGACAGCGAGACCGACGCGAAGGAACCUGUGUACUCGGCGUUCAACAGCGUCAUGUUCAUACGAAGCACCGCUCACCCGUGGGUGCGUCACAUCAGCCAGAAGUUUGGUGUAUUUUACGUUUAUAAUUUAGAGUCGAAGCAAUCGGAGUUUGAAGUCCGAAAUAACAUGCAAAACAGGCCGACCGCCGCCGAGGCGACUUUCGUUCAGGCGUUUAAGGAGCGAGUCGUCUGGAAUUGGCCGCACGAUUCGCAGGGUACUUUGAACAUGGACGCCUUGAUUGAAAAGCUAAGUCAAUUUAAACGUACUUAGCUCGUUGUGUACAUGCGUGUAUAUAACUGUUGUACAUACCGUACGGUACAUAUACAUAUGUUUAGGUAUUCAUGUGUACAUAAAAAUCUUUUUCGAGAACAAUGUGAUGCACUACUUCAAUAACAAUAUUACUUGGUUUAUACGUCUCGAAAAAUUGCGUCUUGAAACAGUGAAAUUGCGGAUAGGUUCCUCUGUAACUCCCUAAGUUAAAGAAGCCCCGCAUAUUCUUUACUCCCAUGUUAGUAAGGAGCUUGUAGAGGUGUUUAAAUCAAGUUACUCUCGGUGGGUCGCCUCUAAUCCCGUGGCGACCGAAGAGAGAGGUGAAGAACUGAGUAAAAAGAAAUAAUUUUCGGGAAGAUUUCAACCUGGUUCCUCGGCUCGUUGAACCAGUCGCCACUAGUUUCUAAAAAGUAAUUUGUCUUUCACAAUUGGUGCAUUUUGUACGACUGAUCCCUUCAUGUGGCGCAGAGAAAUGUGCGCUGCUUAGUAAACAAAUGAACGACAAGAUCCGAGUCAAAUCCACGAACACCACUCACAGUGCUCAAAGCACCCGGAUAAAACGGGCCCUUAAGCCUAAUACAGGAAGAAGAAGAAGAGAAGAAUUCCUUCGUGCUCAAUUACUUCAAAUUCUUCAAAUCUUCAAUCAGUCUGCUGUAAUCUAUAAUAUUUUCCAAGUAACAAAUUAUUCAUUUAGUUGCCACCUCUCGAUUGGGAUCGGACAGCCCACCUCUUGCCUUUAACACCUUUGCAGCUUUGCUACUAACCCGAAAGUAGAAAGCAAAGCUGCCCCUUCAACACUAAAGAGGAGUCACAGAGCCACUAAGAAAAUGCUAUUGAUAUUACUAAAUAUGUAGUUAGUUGCUGGUAUUUCUUUAACUCGUAUAUAUAUCGUACAUUUUCAGUUAAACGUGGGUAAUUGUUCGAAAUAUGCAUUUGUUUGACUUGAAUGGAAGUCCAGGUUCAAACCUAGCCGAGAUAUUUUUUGCAAUAAAUUUCUUUAAUUACAAUUUGUCAGUUAGCAUCGUUUAACAAUUUUUCUACAUUGGUUGAUCGCGUACUGGCGUCAAUUCUUUACGUUAGAUAUUGUUUUAUUUAACCUUUUGUUUUUCUCUCAAUGCACCACUACUUCAAGAUUAAUUUUCGAGAUACAUAAUCAGGUAGUUAUUACAGUAUUCGCUCGUUGCUGCAGUAUUGCAUACACAUUAUCCGACAGCAAAAAUAUUAUGACUAAUGUAAUGAAUGAUAAAACUGCUCGUGAGUUUGAUGUGUAUUUGAAGAAAGCGCAUAAUUUGUUUUCGCGUAUCGUUUAAAAUAAAAACUUUAUUUUUUUACACGUUUAUUAGAAUAAUCACUUUCCUUGUAAAUAUUGAGAAUUGAAUGCAAGAAUGCAAUGAAAUGUAAAAGUGCGUAUGUGUAACUGCACUUAUACACAUGUCAAUGUAAAUUAUGUUAAAUACGAUAGAACUAUGUAAAAUAGUAUCUUGAAGUCGUUCGCGAUAAAUUAUUAAUUUUUAUAAA